AUGGCCUCCUCUCUUGCGGCGCAGUUGUCGCAGAUUGCGGCAAAAUCGACGCAUGAGCUUGAUCUCAAAACUCAGAGAAUCGCCCACUCACAGUCACUGAUCUUUGAUACACAAGUCGCCGGAACUCAGGACUUUGAUACCAUCUAUGAUAUCUGCUAUGAAGGUUUUCGUGAGCUUUGCUCCUUGGAUCGCCGAUUUGAGGAGUUUGAGCGCACGAUUUUCAGCGAGCAGAGCAAGGCUGAGGAUCGAACACAGAUGAAUGCCAGCCAAAACCAGGAAUUGGAUGCCGUCAUUGAAAAUUUCCUUGCACUUGUUGGAGGAAGACUGCAAUUAAGUCCCGCGGUCAAGGCGGUGGAUUGGUUGGUGCGAAGGUUCAGAUCGCACGAGUACAACACGACCUAUAUGGUUUUGACAUUCCUGCCUUACCACACCACACCACUUUUCCUGAAUCUACUCUCGAUCCUGCCUAAUGAUCUUACACCAACAUUGAAAGUGCUCUACCCUUAUAAGACGGGCUUAAUCAACCCUCCACGACACCCAAUCGUGCACAGCGCCACCACAAACAAACCUUUCUUUGCCGCACUGAAUAACUAUGUGUUGAAAGCCUGUCGGCAAGGAGCCCAGAGCCACUCCCUGCUCUCCUUCUGGGCGGGUAUUACCACGGAGGCCGUCGCAGGCAUGUUGGAGGGUGCUCGCUCCGGUCGACGGGAGGCUGAAAAGCAAAAGCACGAGGAUAUUAUCAUUCGUGUGCUCCCAGUCCUGAGCAACGCUUUCGCACUAAAGAAGGUGCCGGAGCUGAUUAUCAGCUGCUACAUGAUAUCAGUUGUGCUAGCUCAGAAGGCUUCUCUUUCUGAUGAUGUUUUGAAUGGCCUGAUGGAGACCGUGGUGGCUUCAUGGACAGAAGAAACAUUAAGCUCGGGAUUGAUUUGCUUGUCAGUACUUUCUCAGCAGAAGCCAACAGCUUCCCUGCCGAAGAAGGUGUUCAAGGCCCUUGUUCGCCUUGAUCGUCCUAUGCAGCAACUGUCAGAAGUAGCGACACAAUAUAACACAUCUAAGCUCUUGAUUGGGCUUGUUGAUGGCUUCGCCAGUGAUUUGCAGAAGAACAGCCUGCACCUCAGCCUCUUGUCAUCUAUCUUCGAAGCGAACGUCUUCCAAGAGGAGGAGAUGAAGCAGGCUAUGGCCCUGGUCAUUAAGUCAGCAAGUGAUGUGGAAAAGACUCGUGAUAUGUCAUUGGAUACUCAGACCCAGCUUGCCGAGUUGGUCCAAGGAUUUAGCCGCUCCAGCUCCCUCCAGCCUACCUUCCAAAACCUGCUGGCUGAAACAUCUCUCAAUAUCUCAGCAUUGGAACAUAACCUGCAAACUGUGGUUGAAGCCCCUAUUCAGCCCCAACUGAUUGAAGAUGUGGAAAUGGAAGACGUUGAUGAGCGUGAUGUGGACAACUUCACGCCUGCCUUUGAGUCAUUGUCAAAGGAACCUAAGUAUCCUUCCUCAUUCCUGUCCAAGCAGUACAUUCCCGAGUUCAACAGCCUCAUCCAAGUGUUUGCAUUAGCUGUCGAAUCUGAAUCCAGAGUUGCGCAGUUUGUUGAUCUCCCAAUUCUUGGCAAGGCCGAUGCGACCAAAUCCCCGCAAUUCCUGUCGUUCUUCACGCGCAUUCUUUCCGGACCUUAUCCCAUGGGAACGAAGAUUGCUGCAUUGAAUGCCAUUGCUUCUGUCCUGUCGUCCGUGAAUGUUGAUUACGAUCCCCAGGCCCUAUUGCCCUUCCUGCUCGUUGCUCUCAGUGACCCAUCCGAGCGGAUCCGUCGUGAAACCACUGGUGUUUUGGCUCUCGUUGUUACUAUCUACAAGAACAACAAGAAAGGAGACGGCAAGCCCUGGGCCCACGAUUCUAUUUACGGCAAUGGAAGCCAGUCUACCAAUAUUCCAUGGCUGUCAACUAGCGAUGCAUUGAAGGUGCUUGAUCGUGCAUUGCUGCCUGGACUUGAGGAGUAUAUCCUGGAUCCUACCUAUAUCGCUAAGGUUCUCGACGCCACAAUGCGCGGAUCUGUUUUGUCGGAGGACUCGGGUGCUUCAGAGCUGAAGAAGUCUCUUCGUCUCAGUUUCUUCACUUUCCUGUCCUCUCACACGAUCCAGAUGCCGGUCUACGGUCCCAAGUUUGGCCUUCUCCGGUUGCUCAACAAAAUUAAGAAGGUCUCGGGAACUACUCGUGCCAAGGAACUUCUGCCUCUGCUUCAAAACUGGCGAGGCUCUAGUCAGAAGGAAGUCGAAGAUAUUUGCACAUCAGAGCGCCUUACUCUUCCCGAGGUUGAGCAAGAGAUCGUUGCCAUUGUCAGCGCCAAGGACAAUGAUGCUAUCGAAAUCCUUCUUAACAAUGUUAGCCCCGCAUCUGUUCGAUCCUCCUUUGUGACAGCUGGAUUUUCUCGCAUGAAGGAGAUCUGGAGCAAGAUCCCGGAGGAUGCCCAAUUAACAGCUGCCGAAAAGCUGUUGGACAUUUCUCUUAACAUGUCGGAUGAAACACCUCUCGCAGACAACUGCCGUUCUGUCCUUCGCAGUGUCGAACUGUCGGGUGCUAUCCUUGUGAGCUUCGUGAACAAGAUCCCCAUUUCCUUGACUCACAUUGAGAGCCUUGGCCCCGCACCAAAGCGGAGACGCACCAGCCAGAACAACAUGGUUGCGAUGACUGUCAAAGACGAGGGAGAGUUCAGCAAGCUCAUGGACAAGAUGACCUUCAUUCUAGAAGUUGUCGACAGCUCUAGCCCCGAUUCUCACCCCGAGCUCGCGGGUGGUCUUUUCCAGACCCUUGCUGCUCUUCAUCACUUCAAGUCGCAGAUCCAGUCCGGAAUGAGCUACCUCCUGAGUCUCACCCUGGGAAGUCUGCUGGCUAUCGUCAACAAGUCCAAGGCAUCUGCUAAACCACUAUUUGACACUUCUGUCAUCCGGGCCGACUUGGUGGUGGAUUGCGUCCGCACAACCGAAAGCCCACAGGUGCAAAAUGCCGCUCUUCUCCUGGUUGCUGGUCUAUCUGUGAUUGCACCGGAGCUCGUCCUUCACAGCGUGAUGCCGAUCUUCACGUUCAUGGGAUCGAGUGUUCUUCGCAAAGAUGACGACUACUCUGUUUCUGUUAUCGACCAGACUAUCGACCAUGUUGUGCCCGCCCUCAUCCAGUCGUUACGUAGCCAGAAGCGCGAUAUUGUUUCCGGAACUUCGGAGCUCCUCCUCAGCUUCACUGCAGCAUUUGAACAUAUUCCAUCGCAUCGCCGUCUUCGCCUCUUCCAUGCAUUGAUUACCAAGCUUGGCACUCAAGACUUCUUGUUUGCCGUUUUGGCUAUGCUAGCGAAUCGUUACUCCAACGAUAAGGACGUUCUUACGCUGAUGACUGGGGUGGCAUCGGAUACUACUCCUGUCGUCGAGCUCACCACUUACAGCAAGUAUCUCAACCUUGUCAUCGAUGCGUUCCAGCCUAAGGCUGGCAUCUCUCAAAUCUUGCUUGGAAUUGGAAGCGACGAUGGUCGUGACCCUCAGAAGGUGGCUGUUGAUUUGCUGCGUGAUCUCGCUCACCUGCUCAAACAUUCCUCCCUCAAGUCCAAACUGGAGGCCGCUUUCGAGAAGGAUGAUGACGUCGCAGGUCAAGUUCGCGCUUGCUUCUCCCGCGUCUUAGGACAGGUUCUGAACAUUGGCGAAUCGGUGAAAAAUAUGAAACCCGUGAGCCAGGCGUGUGGUGAGGUCCUCGGUGCUCUCUUCAGUACCUUGUCUCUCGUCGACUUCCUGGAUACGAUCGAGGUCUUGCUGCAAGAGCCCAACGAUGACCUCCGCCGUAAGGUCCUUCGUCUCCUGGAGAACCGCCUGCGCCAGAACCCAGAGCGUGACAACGAGUCUCAAAUUCGUGUACUUGACUUCUUGCCUACUCUGGUCAAGAUUGUCGAAUCAUCCCCUGACACCAUGCUCAAGCACGCCGCUGUCGCUUGCAUUGAUCGUAUCACCGAGAAGUACGGUCGCAAGGACCCAUCGAAGGUCAUCACAGCCGCCAAGGUUGUUGCUAGUGAAUCCUGUCUGGGCUACGAUGAUGAGCGCAUUCGAAUCAUGGGUGUUCUGUGUCUGGCCUCUAUGGCCGAGGUCCUGGGCCAGGCGAUGAUCCCCGCCCUUCCAGAUACCCUCAACCAGUCUGUGAAGCUGCUCGAACUCAGCCUGGUUUCCGGAAAGGAGAACUCACGCCUGCACGACGCCGUUUUCUCGCUGUUCUCUGCACUCCUGGACAACCUUCCGUUCAUGAUCUCGGCUGCCACACUUGACAAGAUCCUGCUUCUCUCUUUCAAGUCCACCAAUGCCAACCUUGAUGAAUCCUGCGAGGACAGCCGUGAGGAGACUCUUCGGCUCAUGGCUGCUCGGAAGAUGGAUCUCACUGCCACCCUUGGUGCAAUUGACCGGAACUGGCAAAAUGCCGUCGAGGCCGGACCUACUGCCACCACUGAGGUUCUGCAGGUCUUGAGCCUGGCCGUCGAGAAGAACCCCAAGUCGACCGUCUCUAAUAAUAUCGGUGUUCUCACUACCAUCCUCUUCAAGGCCUUCGAUUUGCGACGUGAGCAAAUCGCUCUAGGCGACCGUGCUAAGUUCGACGCCGGUGAAUUGGAUGAAGCUGAGACGACCAUGCACGAUGUCACCAUUAAGAUGAUUUACAAGCUCAACGACAGCACAUUCCGACCAUUGUUCACCAAGAUGGUUGAAUGGGCUACCGGUGCCCAGAAGGAUGAGCAAGCUCAAAUUUCUCGCCUCACAACCUUCUACAAGUUCCUUCAGGUGUUCUUUGGCACCCUUCAGUCCAUUGUCACUGGUUACUCCAGCUACAUUUUGGAGCACACCGUCAAGAUUCUGGGCUCAACUGGACCAGCCAAGGCUACCAAGCCACUUUGGUUGGCCACACUCCGCACUCUGCGCAAUUCAUUCGAGCAUGACCAAGAUGAAUUUUGGCAAUCUCCUUCCCACCUCAGCAGCAUCACAGUUCCUCUCAUUGCGCAGCUGGCUCACGCAACAACCUCGAGGUCAGCAGAACUCGUUGUCGAGGAGGUUAUUCCCGCGAUUACUGAGCUUGCUACCGCGGCCGACUCGACCGAUAACCACAAGGAGCUAAACGUUGCUUUGAUGAGAUACCUCCGUCCUUCGACUGCUCCGAAUGCCAAGUCCGCUGGUGGUGACAACCCAUUCACUCGCCUUGCGGCCUUGAAGGCCGAGCAGGCUCUUACUGAGCAGCUUGGCGAGGAGUGGCUUGCCCUUCUUCCGGAGAUGCUGCCCUACAUCAGUGAGCUCAUGGAGGACGAGGAUGAGAGUGUUGAGAGAGAAGUACGGAAAUGGGUCAAGAAGAUUGAGAGUGUACUGGGUGAGCGACUGGAUGAUAUGUUGACCUAA